AUCCGACAAACUUAUUAGAUGAUACUAAUAUUUAUACUUUUCUAAAUUUAAAAAGAAUUAUAAUUACAUUUUAAAAUGAAUGAAAGUACAUUAGUGUAUUUUUUUGUUGCUUUGUUAACAAUGGCAAGUUGUGAAAUUAUUAUGGACUUUGAUGGACAAAAAUGUGCUAGCACCUAUACCAUGGGUUAUGGAUACCAUCAUUACUACAAAGUAAAUAAUAAUUCAAUAGCCCUAAAUGGAGAGUCAAUUUUAUUAAAAUUUUACGUUCAAGGAACAAACGAUGCACAUAUUAUGCUAGCCAAAGACUCAAUUUCCCUAGGGUACGAAAUAGUUAUUGGAGGAGGAAUGAAUAGCAUUUCAGAUAUUCGAAAAUAUAAUCGUGAUCGAUUUACAUCAAUGAAAUACAUGUCUACUGCAAAAAUUCUUAACAAAGACAAACCAACAGGCUUUUGGAUUCAAAUUUUUCGAAAUGGAUUGAUCAAUGUUGGUAAAACAGGAGAGUCUUUACCUUUUAUGUUUUGGAUUGAUUCAUCGCCAAUACCAAUCAGAUACUUUAGUUUUGGUUCAUGGGAAUCUGUCGUUCUUCAAUGGUUUUUCAAUUGUUAUAUUAAUAAAAACGCUGACAAAAUCGAUUAUAUCAACGAAUUUUUAAGUCCAAUUGAACGCCUAAGAAGAGACGUUUUAAAAAAGCGUAAUCCUUUUAGAAAUAGUCCAUCUUUAGUUGAAAAAGUUUUGAAUGUCAAUGUUAAUUUUGAUUUUAAAUCAAUACACUUGGAUGUUUUAACAUCAACCCUAGCUCUGACAGGGUUUGCAACAUUUGAAUGGAUAGAUAAAAAUAUUCGCUGGAAUCCUAACGCAUAUCACAAUAUAUCUCAGCUACAUUUGUCUCACUAUGAACUAUGGCAGCCUGAAUUAGUACUACAUAAUUCAAUAGACCCAUCGAUGACUAUAUUUUCUGAAACAAAAAUUGCAGUAAAUAACAUUGGAAAUAUUAUUUGGAGACCAACUUUUGAUGUUAAAACAAAAUGUAAUACUGAUCUACAUUUUUGGCCUUGGGAUAUUCAAAGAUGUAGUAUAAUUUUAAGUACUUGGUCGCACAAAUUUACAAAUGUGUAUUACGAAGUGCAACACAAUACAUCGAUUUAUCAUGAACCAAUACACUCAGAAUGGAAACUAAAUCGUAUAUUAAGCUCAUAUAUUGAAGAAACCACUCCCUGGAGUGAAAUCGUUAUUUAUAUUGCGGAUGAAAAUACUUCAGUUCACUUUAAUGAUAUAUCACUCAAACUAGAAAUUGAAAUAUCAAGACAACCAACCUUUAUAGAGAAAAUAUUUUAUAUACCUUUGAUUUGUAUCAGCUGCAUUUGGUUGUCAUCAUUUUGUAUAUCAUCCAAUCAUCAAUCAAAAUUAACAAUAGUAUCAAUAAUAGUAGUGCUUUUGGUCUUUAUAAUUGCAUGGGUUAUGAGCUUUAUACCAGUUUAUAUUCAAAACCCUCCAGUUCUAUUUCAAGGUUACCUAAAGCUCUUGUUACUGAUUGCAGUAGAUGUUUUGAUUUCAUCAUUUUUCAUAGCAUUACGUAAUCAUACAUUAAAUGGACAUCCUCCUCUGGGAAUCAUGAGAUUUAUAACGACACCCAUAGUCAGUAAGAUAUUUAUCCUUCCAAAGUUAGAGACAUCAUUAAAUCAGAGUUAUACCGAAUUUGUAAAUAAAGUGGAUGGAGAAUCUACAGACAAACCAGUCACCUUAUGGGAUAUAAUUACUAUUUUAAUUGAAAGAAUACUGUUUUUAUUUUAUAUAAUAAUGACAAUAUUAAAUUUGACAAUCGUUUAUGCUUCGUCAAAAAAUAAACAAUAAGUACACAACGAUGUUAUGAUAAACAAUUAUCAAAGUAAUAUAUUUCAUUAUUUGUAUCAGAAUUAUUUUCUUAUCAAAAAUAACAAAAGUAUGUAAGUCGAUAUAUUUUUUUACAGUUGUAAAAAUUAUACAAAUAACAAUAUAAGUAUGUAUGUGAAUAAUAAAAAUAUUUGUCAGAUCA